AUGCUCACGUCACUAUCCAGGUUCGUGGCCAAAUCCGCCCAGCAUGCCCUUCCUUUGUUUAAACUCUUGCGCAAGGAAACCGCCUUCGAAUGGACGGAAGAAUGCGAACGCGCCCUCUCCCAUCUCAAGCGAGCCCUCUCUAGCCCAUCGGUUUUAUCUCGGCCUGAGGCCGGAAAAACCCUAUACCUUUACCUCGUCGUAGCCACCGAGGCUGUCAGCGCGGCCCUAAUACGAGAAACCCCGGAAGGCCAGAAACCCAUUUACUUCACAAGCAAAGCACUCAAAGGCCCCGAGGUAAGAUACCAACAGAUUGAAAAGUUCGUACUCGCAUUAAAAACCGCAUCACGGAGACUCAAGCACUAUUUCCUAGCCCAUACCAUAAUCCUCCUAACCGAGCAACCUGUGAAACAACUGCUGGCGCGCCCCGGUAUGGCCGGAAGGAUGCUCCAUUGGUCAUUAGAACUUGCAGAGUUCGACAUUAAAUACGAAGGGAGAAAGGCCCUUAAGGCACAGGUCUUAGCAGACUUCGUGGCCGAAAUGGCCUUCCCCGAAACAACAAACAGCGACGCCCGGAGAUGGACCAUAUAUGUGGACGGGGCGUCAAGCUCAACGGGAAGCGGAGCGGGGAUCAUUCUAGAGAACAGGGAAGGAACCCUCAUAAAGGUCUCCCUCUCGCUUUCAUCUCCAACAUCCAACAACCAAGCCGAAUACGAAGCCCUGAUCGCUGGAUUGCGCCUCGCAAACGAUUUAGAAGCCGAGGACAUCGAGGUAUUCACCGACUACCAACUGGUCGCAUCCCAUAUCUCGGGCGAAUACCAAGUCAAAAGCGAAGCCCUCGCCGAAUAUCUGGCCCUCGUACGAGAAAGACUUACUCGAUUUAAGAGCGCAAAAGUGAAACACAUCCCGAGGGAACACAACUCCCAGGCAGACGUCUUGUCUAAACUAGCUAGUAUGAGGAAGAAAGGGGGCAACAAAUCGGUGAUCCAGGAAAUAUUGCCAAAACCCAAUACUGAAUCUCCAUCCGUGUUAACCAUCGUAAACGCGAUCAGAGAUGCGUCAUGCUGGAUGACCCCCGUAUAUAACUACCUAACUAGCGACCUCCUACCCGCCGACCCAAAAGAGGCCUCCGUAAUCCGAAGGAGAGCCUGCUCAUAUGUGUUGGUAGAAAACCGCCUCUACCGGCGAGGAUUUUCCAUACCCCUCCUUAAGUGCAUAGACGAGGGCACGGCUCCUCACAUACUCCGAGAGAUACACGAAGGAAUCAAUUCCCAGAACUUAGGAGGGAAAUCCCUCGCUUGGAAAGCCCUCAGAGCCGGAUACUAUUGGCCCACGAUGCAAAACGACGCCAAGGAAUUGUAA